AUGAGUGGGGUUACAGCUUCCCCGCAAAUUCUGAUGAACGCCUUUCUGCCUCACUCCACCAAUUCCCUGCCCAAACCAACCUUCAAGUCCGCCGCAAUCACAUUUACCCCGCCGCAGAACCGUCGCCUUGCCUGCUCCGGACUCGCAAAACCCAGUACCCUGCUGGUCCUCACUGCGCGCCGUGGAACCAGCCUGAGAUGCAGGAGCAGCACCGACUCCACCGACUCCACUUCUGAGGAGAAUGAGAGCAAGAGCGUACUGGAUGCCUUCUUCUUGGGGAAGGCUCUAGCGGAAGUGCUGAACGAGCGGCUUGAAUCGGCUGUUGGGGAGAUUAUGAGCACCAUUGGGAAGCUUCAAUCUGACCAGCAAAAGCAUAUACAAUGCUUCCAGGAAGAUGUGGUGGGGAGAGCCAAGAAGGCCAAGCAAGAAGCUGCACAGACUACCUCAGUAGUCGAAGCAUCAACUGAUCCUGAAACCGACAUUUCAGAGGUCGAGGUGGUGACCGGCGCAUGA